CCUCUGACGCGCGUGCCUGGCAGUUGCCCCUCUUCUAUUGGUGUCGCUUGUUAUUUGGCUCCAAGGGGCUCUCACGGAGAAGAGGAAUGUCCUCAGGAGCCGGGCAGGCCCCCGAUGCUGAGCUGAGCUGGACAGGUGCCCUGCUCAAGUUCUUGGAGCUGGUGAAGUAUGAGAACCUGGUGGCUGGUAUCAGCGGCGGGGUGGUCUCCACGCUGGCGUUGCACCCGCUCGAUCUGGUCAAGAUCAGGUUCGCAGUGAGUGAUGGGUUGCAGAUGAGGCCAAAAUACAAUGGAAUUGUACAUUGUGUCAGAAGUAUCUGGAAACAGGAAGGAAUUAGAGGCCUUUACCAAGGAGUAACCCCAAAUAUCUGGGGUGCAGGUUUAUCUUGGGGAUUAUACUUCUUCUUUUAUAAUGCUAUCAAGGCCUACAAACAGAAUGGUCAUCCAGAACAACUUAGUGCUACUCAACACCUUAUCUCAGCGGCUGAAGCCGGUGCAGUGACGCUGUGUAUUACAAAUCCAAUUUGGGUUACGAAGACUCGGUUAGUCCUGCAGUAUGAUGCAGGGAUUGAUCCAUCAAAGAAGCAGUACAGAGGAAUGUUGCAUGCCCUUUUGAAAAUAUAUCAGAAUGAAGGUGUUCGUGGACUCUACAAGGGAUUUGUGCCUGGCCUUUUUGGUACAUCACAUGGUGCUCUUCAGUUUAUGGCUUAUGAAGAACUAAAGAAAGAAUACAGCUUUCAUAAAAAUGUGGCAGUAGAUGCAAAAUUGAAUCCCUUAGAAUAUGUAACAAUGGCAGCAUUAUCCAAAGUUUUUGCUGUAACAGCAACAUAUCCAUACCAAGUAGUGCGUGCUCGGCUACAGGAUCAGCAUACCCAGUAUUCUGGAGUAAUGAAUGCUAUAGGAAGAACAUGGAGGAAUGAAGGAGUUCAUGGAUUUUAUAAAGGAGUUGUUCCAAAUGUGCUUAAAGUGACACCUGCAUGUUGCAUCACAUUUCUGGUAUAUGAGAAUGUAUCUCAAUUUUUACUUAGUUUCCAUCAGUGCUGAACUUUGAACUGUUUGUCAGCAUUUGAAUCACCGAGACUUAUUUUUUCACCAACCAAAACUGCAGGCAUGAGAAGAUGAUCAAAUACUAUCUAGUUAACACUUUCAACUUCCUACUGUCUUUCCCACCCCAUCCCCCAAGCUGUAGUAGUAUUUCUAAAUACUGGUCUUAAAAAUAUUAUUUAUUUCAUUUCAUAUUGUAUAAGUUUGCAGAGUCAGCAGAUAUUGUUAGAAGUUCAGUCUCUUUAAUUUAUGACAUGAGUAGAUAUCAUUGGCAUUUAUUGUCCAUCCUCAAAUUCAAAGGUAAACUUCUGAGUGUCAGGUGUUACUUCUGUAAAAUGCUUAAACUUAACAUUUUACUUUUUAAAGAAUUCAAUUUCUAGAAACUAAAAUCAGCAAAUUACAGAGCAAUUGAUGUCAAGUUGAAUUGAUAGUUGUUUUGUGUUCUUGCAAUGGUCUUUUGUAAUAAAGUACAUUUGUUAUAAUAAUGCACUUUUAAUGGAGAUUUAUAUGUUUGCUUAAUGAAUUAUUAGAAGUUAAUUAUGAUUAAAUGGGGAAAGUUUAUGUACUGUAUUCUGGAAAAUUUACAAGCCUCUUUAUGAAUGUAAUGUAAUCCUGCUAAAUCUGUAUAAUGUGGUGAACUUUCCACCAAGUGGCAGAGCUAAAUAAAGAAGUUAAUUUUUGGGCCUGUGUAAUUUCAUCUACAUUACAAAGGAAUGAAGCUUAGAGUCUGAGUAUCCGAUGUUGGUGGUUUUCAGUUCCUAAAUUAUAAUUUUAAGAAUUCAUACAUUGAAGCUUAUUCCUGCCUAAAAUACUUGUUUAAUUCCUGGUCUGAAAUGAGUAACUGUU